AAUCGGAUAAUAUCUGCUCAAAGAAUUGUUAACGCUUUGAGAUUAAAGUUUCCAGGCUUGACUAUCAAGCCCGGAAAGUUCACCAACCGUUAUCCCAGAGGCAGGCCAUUUCAGAUCACUACGACAAAAGCUCCUUCAAACCAACGCGAUAUAAUGCUCAUUAUAGGGAUUUCUCUAACAAUGUCUAUGACGAGAACUUUCACUAACUUGUUAAUUUGGUUUCUAGGGGAUGUGGAAUCUAUUUCGCGGUUUAUUUCAAAGAA